AUGGCUGUCCGGGAGCGAGUCAUUCUUUACACGGGCGCCAACAGGGGCAUUUGCUUUGCAAUAAUCCAAGCUCUUGCAAGCCAUCCAGAAACGGCCACUUCUACGCUCCUCCCGGACCGUCGGGAUCCCGAAAAAGGGAAAGCAGCUGUCCAAGAACUCAGUGGCAAAGGUGUUUCCACUACGAUCGCCCCAAUCAUGGCAGACGUCAACUCGAACAGACCCAUCAGAGACGCUGUCGGCCUUGUCGAGCAUCAAUACGGUCACCUCGACGUCUUGAUCAACAAUACCGGAUAUGGCGCCAUCCCAGUGGCAUCCGACUACUCGGACUGGCGAGACACUUAUGCGGAGGCGGCAUUGAAUACGCCGACCGUCGAGAUGAGUCGAGAUCCGGCCAACAAAGGUGUCGAGUUUCAGCUCGUGGGACCAGGACACUGCAAUACGGCAUUCAAUAGCUACAGAGGGGACCAGGGAUCCACUCCAAGGCACAAAUAUAGUAGUCGAACUGAUCAAGCGGAAAAGGGCAAAUACAAGAAUGCCAGUUUCUGGGAGACCAAAAGGGCCAUCUUAGAGCUUGUUGAGAUUCCAUGGUAA